AUGGACUACAAUAUUGUAAAAAAAAGUGAAGAUCGUAAUAAACAAAAUGACGACGAUGAAGAAAUUGAAUGGGUUACAAGCUCUUCAUUGUUACCACAAAAACCAUCAAAUGAAACUCUCUAUAAUCCUAUUCCAGAUUUUCUAAAAAAUCAAAAUCAAAAACAACAAUUCUUCGAUGACUCGCAUUCUAAUAGGAGUUCAUAUUAUAAAAAUAAUAAUAGUUGGAAUAUAGAUGAAAUCAAACUUCCACUAAAACAAAUACAUUUCAGUGGCUCCCGAACAUUGUGCAUACGUUCAGCAGAUCAAUAUGAUAUGGCAUUACUUUUAUAUAGAAAUACACGUGAAAUUUCUAUAUGUAUGAACCAUAUGAAAGAUGAAAUUUGUAUUGGAUUAAAAGAUGUUGAAGGUGCUAAAACUAUUCAAGAUAAUUCCAUAGUAGUCAAACUUAAACCAGACUUUGACAAGAAAUUUUAUCAUCAUUCAGAAGGAUAUCCAUACAAAUUUAGAUCUGUUCGUACUGAUAUUGAUCCAACAAAAGGUAUAAUAAAUGGUAUAAGAUGUCUUAAUUUUAAACCUGAACAUAGAUUUGAUACCAGUAGAUCACGGAUGUUUGAGAAAUCAUUGAAUACUAUGAUUCGUCAAAUCAAUAAGAGUAAUUUGGAAAAAAGACAUAAAUUUAGUCCAAUAUAUGUUACUUGUACAUCAUCAACUCAAAAACGUGCAAUUGUUCUUCAUACAAGUGAGUUAUUUAGUUAUUUUAGAUUUCAUGUUCAAUAUAGAUUUGGAUGGAAGUAUGAAAGGAUGUGGUACAAGGGUCUAAAUGAUUUAUGGAUUCUAUUAAAAGAUGAAGAUAAUUGGAAAACCAUUAAAGAUAAGAUUGCAUUAAAUGAAGUACUAAGGCUUGAAGUUUUUAUGAAAUAG